AUGUCACCAUCAGCUAUUGAAGAAGUCACCAAAGUUGCAACGCACUUGAAAGAAAAGGCUCUGCCUGAGAAGAAAGGCAAUACGGAUACAAGUACGCAAGCAGAUGCUGCCAAGGAUACCGAUGAGCUUCCGGAGCUACUCACUGGUCACCAGGAGCCCCUCAAGCUCAGCGGCGCCCUCGAUCCGUUUGAACAGUUCGAUGUCACUCCCAUAAUAGGAAGGGAAUACGCCAAUGUAGACCUUGCAGAAUGGCUUCGUGCGCCAAACUCUGAUGAGCUCUUGCGUGAUCUGGCUAUCACUGUUUCCCAGCGUGGAGUGGUAUUCUUUCGAAAACAGGAUAAUAUCACAAAUGACCUGCAAAAGGAACUUGUACAACGACUAGGCGAGCUUUCAGGCAAGCCGGCGACUUCCAAGCUCCAUAUCCAUCCUGUCCAUAAUGCUGGCCGUGACCAAGAAAAAGACAACGAGAUUAGCGUGAUAUCAUCCCGUCUGGCCAAGAAGAUUUCUGCCGACAAGUUCCUCAACUAUGGCAAGAACCAAAGCCAAAAGGGCUUGUGGCACUCUGAUAUUACGUUUGAGCCUGUUCCCAGUGAUUAUGCGCUGCUACGGCUGACAGAGCUGCCCAAAACAGGAGGAGACACACUUUGGGCUUCUGGCUACGAGGUAUAUGACCGAAUCUCCAAGCCGCUCCGGGGCUUCUUGGACACCCUGACGGCAUACUACGCACAACCAGGGUUCAAAAACGCGGCCGACGCCAACGGCUUCCCCUUGUACACGGCGGAGCGCGGUGCCCCCGAGAACGUGGGCGAGAUCCUCGAGGCUAUACACCCCGUGAUCCGAACGAACCCGGUGACGGGCUGGCGGUCCGUCUUUGCCGUCGGCCACCACGUGCAGCGCAUCAAUGGCCUGAGCGAGGAAGAGUCCCGGCACUUUCUUGACUGGUUCGUCCGCCUCAUUGUCGAGAAUCACGACCUCCAGGUCCGGCUGCGCUGGCAGAACCCCAAUGAUGUGGCGAUCUGGGACAAUCGGAGCGUGUACCACUCAGCCACUUCUGACUAUGGUCAUUUGAACCUGGGCGAGCGAAGCGGAAGCCGCGCUGUCAGCUUGGGGGAGAAACCGUAUUUCGAUCCCCAGAGCUCGACUCGGAGGGAGGCUUUGGCCAAGGAUUUCGUGAAUUGA